UCGUGUGCGUAGGGCGAGGGGCGGGGGCCUGCGCUUGCCGCGCACACACCCACACGCCCACCCCCCCCCCCACACACAGAGGACCGAGGGAGAUACAUGAGCGGUGUCUGGUUCUCUAGAUUGAUGGUGGAAGCCCCGAAGAGUCGAGCUUUCGGUUUUUCGUCGUCGGAGCAGUGAACAGCUCCGCGCGGAAGAGUAAUGUGCGGAGGCAGGUGUUGAGGUUUACUCUGCUUACGCGCAGCCAGUCAUCAUCAGCGUUGGUGUGUGAGCAGACGGCUGUCUUCGUUCGUUGAGUGGGCAAUCAGCGGCGGGGUGCUAGCCCAACGGCAGAGCGCGGUGUCUUCUGUUGCGCGCCACGUGGCGGAAGCCGGUCGGAGUCUGCGGGGAUGGCUCUCGAAGCGCUCCCCCCGUUUAUUAUAAUUGGCGGGGCCCUCGUGUUGAUGGGGGGGAUCCAGCACACGGUUCACAAGGCCCUUUACGGCAAACCGAAGCAUCCACGCUCCGACGCGUGGGACUAUGCGAUGGAAGAGAGAGACAGUCGGAUUCUGGAGGAGGCGGCAGCGGCGGCCGCCGCAGGGGGCGGGGCGGCUGCAGGCGGGAAAAACUGAUUCUGCGAUUGCGCGGGACGGCGGUGAUUUCCCGCCAAAUUUCGUUUGGGCGUGUUCAUGUUUGGCGGGGGGCCUACGACAUGUGCUGACGUGGAACCGAAAAGGUCUUUGUCGUGUUGUGGGUUAUGCUGCGUAUAAACGAAUGGAUGGAUCUCCUCGCAUCAUGCUGACGUGGACGCACGUGCUCGGGCAUAUAUGCUGACGUGGAUGCUGCUAUCCCCUCGAGACUGUGCGUAGGCGCCGGAGAGCUGCCGGCCUUUGAUAGCGACAGAAGGGGAUUUUGUCUUUUCUGUGAUGCGGCGGGGGUACCCUUGGCACUCGCGCGGACGUGUGGCUGACGUGGCGCUGACGUGUGUGCUGACGUGGCGCUGACGUGGCGCUGACGUGGCGCUGACGUGGCGCUGACGUGGCGCUGACGUGACGCUGACGUGGUGCUGACGUGUGUGCUGACGUGGCAAUAGCAGAGGCGAUGAAAUGGAAAAGGAUAGUGCUGGGUUUCGAAUUGAUUACCCUAAAGCCAUACAUACGGUAGUAUCAAAAUGAGAUUAAAACCAAAAGAAAAAAGAUAAGAAAAGAAAAAAAAAAGAAGGAUGUCAUCAACGACUCAUCAUCACCCACUUCGCAAUCUCUCUGGCUGGUUAAGAAGGGAGGGACAACGUUUUCCUCUGUGGUGCUGUCUUGUGGCCAGCCCUGCUGACGUGUACACAGAUCUGUUGAUUGGAUGAGGGGAUGGUGAGGCGGUUUGCCACGUCAGCAUCCCUGCUGACGCUGCUGACGUGUACACACUGCCUUCGAUUCAAGAUACGACCGAUGGGAGCCAUUGCAUCCUCUGCUCUUUUUUUUUUUUUUUUUUUUUUUUAAUAAUGGUUUUACCCCUAUUUGUUCCUGUUGAUGUGGACCCCCUGCCCCCUCCCCCCUUUGACAUAAAGGCCUCAGCCCCUUGACACGGAUAGCCUCCUCCCCCUUUUACAAUGGACACCCCACCCACCCCCUUGACACGGACACCCCACGCCCUUCUUCAGCCUACGAGCGACUUCAGUCGAUGUAUUUCUGUUUUUUUUUUUUUUUUUUUUUUUUUGCCCUUUCCUCUUUGGGAAUGUUUCAGUCUCAUACGAACGGUGUUCUGUUCGACACGUUCACCCCGUCCGGUUCAGGCUGUGAGCGGCAUGAGUCGCUAUAUUCCUUUUCUCUGAAUGUUUGAAUCCCAUAGGAACGGACAUCUGUCACACUAUUGGUUUGAUUAAUUAACUGAUUGAUUGGAUUGGAUUUGAUUAAAUCAAUAGAUGUACUGAUU